AGUUUAUUUUGUAUUACUGUGAUGUCUGAAGAGUAGCGGAGAUGUUGAGGGCGGUUGUGCUGGGGAUCCUGUGCUGCGUUCAUGCUGGGUCUGCUGCAGGAACCCACUCCCUGCGGUAUUUCUUCACGGGGGUCUCAGAGGGGACGGGGCUCCCUGAGUUCAGUGCUGUGGGGCUGGUGGACGAUGUGCAGCAUGUGCACUACGACAGUAUCACCAAGAAGAUGAGACCCACACAGGACUGGAUGGAGAGAUCUGAGGGGCCGGAGUACUGGGAGAGAGAGGCUCAAAACCUUAUCGGUGCAGAGCAGGUUUUCAAAGCCAAUAUUGGAGUCGCAAUGCAGCGCUUCAACCAGACUGGAGGAGUUCACACUGCCCAGGUGAUGUACGGCUGUGAGCUGGAUGAUGACGGGACCAAGCGGGGGUUUGAUCAGGAGGGGUAUGAUGGGAAGGAUUUCCUCAUCUUCGAUAAGGACACUCUGACCUGGACCGCCCCUGUGCAGCAGGCUGUCAUCACUAAACACAAGUGGGAUGCUAACAGAGCCAGGAAUCAGGGCUUGAAGGCCUAUCUGGAGACAGAGUGUAUCGAGUGGCUGCAGAAGUACGUCCAGUAUGGGAGAGAGACUCUGGAGAGGAGAGUUCCUCCUGCAGUGACUCUGCUCCAGAGGAAAGCUCGUGGAUCUGCAGACACGGAGGUCCUGUGUCAUGUGACAGGGUUCUUCCCCCGCGUUGUGGAGGUGACCUGGGUCAGAGACGGGCGGGAUCAGCUGGAGGAGGGGGUGCAGAGUGGGGAGGUGCUGCCCAACCAUGACGGGACCUACCAGCUGAGAAAGAUCCUGACAAUGAGCCCUGAGGAGCAGAGAAGACACGGCUACUCCUGCCAGGUGGACCACGUCAGCCUGGAUCAGAAGAUCGUGAAGGAGUGGGAUCCCAACAUGAGGAGCAGCAGAGAUGUGCCUGAGAGCGGCCCUCCUAUUGGGAUCAUUGCUGGAGUCAUAGUGGGUGUACUGGCUCUGGCUGCAGUGAUCAUUGGAGUGGUGAUCUGGAAGAAGAGACAAGGAGGUGCUCAGAAGUCAGACUACAGCAAAGCUCCAAGUAAGGAAGGCUCCGACACUUCCUCUGACACCGCCGCUAAUGCCUGAGGAGAGUGACUCCACUGCAGAGAGAAUCAGCGACUCUGCAGAGAUUUCAUCUUUUACAAUCCUUCAUACGCAAUACUGCUUUAUAGUUUGAUUUGAUUUCACUCAUUGCAACUGUGCAAACCAGUAGACAAGGAACCUGCCUCAAAAUCAACUGUGUAAAUCAGCAAACAACACAAAUGAUACAAUGAGAGGAACAAGAACAUGCAUUUCUACAACAUGAUAUUAUAAUGGGAUACAGCAAGACGACCCAUUUAACAAGGAGCUGUCCUAUCCAUGCAGGGCUAUUGCAGAAACACUAACACUCACUAGUGUAAUUUAUUAAUUCAUUAUCAAGACAUUAGUAAAUUGUUCUAGUUGAAUGUUUGUCAGUCAAUUCUCAUCGAAACAAACUUGUAUUGAAUUAAUUUCCUCAUACUAUGAAUGUUCUGCAUGGUCCCUGACAGGUUUAGCAGUCUCUUAUUGUAAAUCACUCAAUAAAUAUUGCACCACUGUCCCAGACAAAGAAAGAUGUUGCUGCAGAUUUCAACAUUCCUGCAAACACUUUCUCAACCAUUCUGAAAAACCAGGAUCAGUAAUAUACUGCAGUCUGAAUCUGGAAUCACUAUGAGACACACCCUGAGGAAUGAGCACAGCAGCUGGGACAUGCACAUUUCAACUGCAGUUCAUUUGCAAAGUAUACUUUUUUAAAAGCUCACAACCAUAUUGUCAAUAAAAUGCACAGUACUGUAACUUCAAUACAAACACACAGGAUGCAUUUGGCUUUAGACCCCUGAUAAUCAGAAUUACUGAUGAGACACAUUUGUUUUGCUGGU